CCAUCGGAAGACUGGGACCACGAGACCUCUGCCCCGUUCCACGCUCCUCCGGGCACCCAGAUAACACCAGAUAUCGAUCUGGUGAUGGUCGCCACACUCGCCCAGUGCUUAGCACCUCACCCAGUGCUGAGUUUCGGGCUUCCAGGCAUACAGCUGCAUGGUGUACUUGGUGACUCAGAAGGAGUUGGUGUUUUUGGUUUUUUUAACAAGAGUUUGUACAUGAGAGCUGACUGUCCAGUCAGUUCAUAUGAGGAUAUGAUGGGUUUUCUGAUGCAGAAACAUGAGUUCUCAGGUGAAAUGGUGGACCCUACUCUAGCAGAAAUGGGAAAGAAUCUGAAUGAAGCAAUGAAGAUGCUAGAAGACAAUCAAAGAAAAGUGGAGGAGGAAAAGAAGUAUGCACGGAAGGAUAUUCCUGGACCACUCCAAGGCAGUGGCCAGGAUAUGGUGAGCAUACUUCAGUUAGUCCAGAACCUGAUGCAUGGAGAGGAGGAAGAGGAAACUCCCCAGGCCUACCGACUUCAAAAUGUCGGAGAACAGGGUCACAUGGCUUUACUGGGACAUAGUUUGGCUGCUUAUAUAUCAGUUCUGGACAGGGAAAGACUGAGAAAACUUACAACAAGGAUCCUCUCUGAUACUACUCUCUGGCUCUGCAGGCUUUUCAGGUAUGAAAAUGGGUCAGCGUAUUAUCAUGAAGAUGAUCGUGAAGGUCUCCUGAAAAUCUGUAGACUUGUUAUUCACACGCGCUAUGAAGAUUAUACAAUAGAAGGAUUUAACGUGCUCUAUACUAAGCAGCCUGUCAUAUACAUUAGCUCAGCAGCUAGAACAGGCUUGGGCCAAGCUCUCUGCAAUCAGCUGGGGUUACCCCUUUCUUGCAUGUGCCGUGUGCCUUGUAACACUAUGUUUGGAUCACAACACCAAAUGGAUGUUGCGUUGUUGGACAGAGUGAUUAAAGAUGAUGUUGAGUCUGGAAAAGUGCCCUUGUUGCUUGUGGCCAAUGCGG